UCAUUCAAACACUGUUGGGACUUUUUCUCUCUGUUUCUCUGGUUAGCGAAUUUUGAUAAGCUUCCAAUGAACUGGUUGACCGACCCAAACCAGUUAGUUUUAUCUGAGCUCCGUCCGAGCAUUGAAGGCAAAAUGUUCUUCUCGGCGGUUCUGGUCGUGCUGGCCGCGCAAACCGCUGUCGGUUCCACCGCGGAGCGUCGCUACGGCGACCUCCGGGACUGGUACCUGAACAACGUUCACCUCGUCAACCGGAACCGUAACUAUACGGAGGUGCAGGUCGCGAUGCCCGGACGGGAUAUGCCGACGCGGCUUUGUGAUGAGCGUUACGGCAAACUUUUCGAGGAGUUGGAAUAUCUGAAAAAGCUGGUGAGCAAGUGCACCGGCUGCGCCGGGAAGCUGACUCAUCCGGCGAAUGACGACGAGUGCCAGGUGGGAACUUGCUAUGACGGCGUUCGUUGUCAGUUGAUGAACGAUGACGAGCCGCACUGUGGGCUGUGUCCCGUUGGGUACGACGGAGAUGGAGUCUCGUGCGGCAAGCGGAACGCUUGCGACAAGAAGCCGUGCUACGCGGGAGUUCAGUGCAGCGUGCGGGAUGACUAUCCAUACUACGGAUGCGGGUCGUGCCCGGCGGGUUACGACGGCGACGGCCGGAAGUGCUGGAAGAAGGACUUGUGCGCGAGACGAGCCUGCUUUCCGGGAGUCACCUGCAAGUGGACGGAUGCAGCUCCGUACUACGAGUGUGGAUCGUGUCCGGUGGGUUACGAAGGAGAUGGAAUCAGUUGCGGUAGGAAUCCGUGCCUGCAGAAUCCAUGCUUUAGGGGAGUGAGCUGUCAGAAGAAGGCGGUGGAUCCGUACUUUGCUUGCGGAGCGUGUCCGCCAGGACUGGCGGGAAAUGGAAUUUUGUGCGGGAAGGACUCGGAUUCCGAUGGAGCUCCAGAUGAGGGGCUCGAUUGUCCGGAGCGUAGCUGCGCUAAGGACAACUGCCGGAUGCAGCCCAACUCUGGCCAAGAGGACACCGAUGGGGACGGGAUUGGUGACGCCUGCGAAGACGAUAUCGACUCGGACGGAGUGAAGAACGACGCGGACAACUGUCCGUACAGGUUCAACCCCCGACAGGAGGAUUCCGAUGGGGACAAGAUCGGCGAUGCGUGCGAUAACUGCAAGUGGGUUAAAAACACGAAUCAGUUGGAUCUGGAUCGUGAUGGCAAGGGGGACGUCUGCGACGACGACAUUGAUGGUGACGGGAAGAAGAACGCUGAAGACAACUGUCAACGCGCGUACAAUCCGAAGCAAGAGGACGUUGAUUUCGAUGGGAUCGGGGAUGUCUGCGACAACUGUCCCACGGUAUACAACCGGUUCCAGAUAGACUCGGACGGUGACGAAGUCGGUGAUGCUUGCACAACCCACCUGGACUCGGACGGAGAUGGACGACAGGACGAUCGGGACAACUGUCCGUUCGUGGCGAACGCGGCCCAGUUGGAUACGGACAACGAUGGCAUGGGGGAUGCUUGCGACGACGAUAAGGACAACGACGGAGUGCCGGAUCGGGUGGACAAUUGCGAACUCAUUUGGAAUCCCAACCAAGCGGAUCGCGAUAGGGAUGGCAGGGGCGACGCUUGUGACAAGGAUUUCGACGGGGAUUUGGUGGAAGAUUCCAUGGACAACUGUCCCAGGAACGGACAAAUCAUGAGGUCUAACUUUUACAACUUUACAACGGUGGCACUUGAUCCGGAGGGCAUUUCCCAGGAUGAUCCGUACUGGGUUAUUCUGAACGAUGGAGCUGAAAUAUUCCAGAAGUUCAACAGCGAUCCAGGGUUAGCGAUUGGUUACGACAAAGUGGAAGGUUUGGAUUUCGAGGGAACGUUCUUUAUUAAGCCUGAAUACUUUCAAGAUGACGAUUUCGUUGGGUUCGUUUUCGGCUAUGUCAGCAAUCGCAAGUUUUACUUUGCUUCGUGGAAACGCCAAGAACAAGACUAUUGGGAAUCAACACCGUUUGAAGCCACUGCUACGGCCGGAGUAUUGCUCAAAUUGGUAAACAGUCAAACUGGACCGGGGACCAUGUUACGGAACAGCCUCUGGAACGAUGCCGGCAUACAGGGACAAACCAAACUGCUGUGGCAGGAUCGUGCGAGGAAAGGUUGGGAGUUUAAUACGGCGUACCGCUGGAAGUUGCUUCAUCGGCCGGAAAUUGGAUUGAUUCGGUUCCGGCUGUUCCGCGGGUCAGUUCUUGAGGCAGAUUCUGGAAAUUUGUUCGACUAUACCAUCAAGGGAGGUCGGAUGGGUGUUUACUGCUUCUCCCAAGCUCUGAUUACGUGGUCCAAUCUGGUAUAUCGGUGUAAUGCAAUGAGUAUCCAUGUCAGCAAAAACCUUGUAGACCAAACGCCCCCUUUCAUUUUCAACCGUCAAACAAGUCUUCGCCGUCGGUCCGAGAUGUUCGUAUACCUCUCCGUGCUACUACUAAUAUCCGCGGACUUGACCGCCACCCAAGACCUGCGCCGGUACGGCGACCUGCGGGACUGGUACCUGGACAGCGUGCUCGUGCCGAACCGCCUGGCCAAGCCCAAACGGGACCAACCCGGACGGAGAGGUGACUUCCUUACGGCGAACUGCGACGGCUAUUACGGCACGAUCUACGCCGAGCUGGUGCUGGUUCGGAACCUGCUGGGCGAGUGCACCGGCUGCAGCCGGAACCUAACCUAUAUGGUCCCCGGGGAGGACGAGUGCUACCCGGGACUGUGCUACGAGGGAGUUGGGUGUGACCUGCGGGAUGACGGAGAGAACGAGCAGGCCUACUGUCAGCAGUGUCCGAUCGGGUACGACGGUGACGGGCGGGUUUGUGCGAAGCGGAACGCUUGCCGGGAGGGGUCGUGCGCGGCGAGGGUGGAGUGUGCGGCGGCGGAGGAGUAUCCGUACUUCCGGUGCGGGCCGUGUCCGGCCGGGUACGAAGGGGAUGGACGGAGUUGCGGGAAGAUUGACAGGUGUGUUGAGAAUCCGUGCUUUGAGGGGGUUGACUGCGGCUGGACGGAGGUGGAUCCGUUUUACCGGUGUGGAUCGUGUCCACCUGGAUAUUCUGGAGAUGGAUUCAAUUGUCAAAAGAUUGACAGAUGCAUUGAGAAUCCAUGCUUUGAAGGGGUUGAUUGUCAAUGGUCGGACCAGGAUCCGUUCUACCAGUGUGGAGAUUGUCCGUCCGGAUACGAAGGUGACGGCAAAACUUGCACAAAAAUUGACAUCUGUGCAAAGAGACCGUGCUUCGAUGGCGUGGACUGUGCAUGGAAAGCGGACCCUCCGUAUUACCAAUGCGCUUCUUGCCCUCUAGGAUUCGAAGGAGAUGGAAUAACCUGUACCAAGAUUGAUGUCUGUUCACGAGGACCGUGUUUCGAUGGAGUGGAUUGCGUUUGGACAGAAAAGGAUCCACACUACCAGUGUGGCUCGUGCCCUUCAGGAUUCUCUGGAGAUGGAUCGGAAUGUCAAAAGAUUGACAGAUGCAUUGAGAAUCCAUGCUUUGAAGGGGUUGAUUGUCAAUGGUCGGAGAAGGAUCCGUAUUAUCAGUGUGGAGACUGUCCUUCCGGAUAUGAAGGUGACGGUAGAACUUGCAGAAAAAUUGACAUCUGUGCAAAAGGACCAUGCUUCGAUGGCGUGGAAUGUGCAUGGAAAGCGCACUCUCCGUAUUACCAAUGCGCUUCUUGCCCUCUGGGAUUCGAAGGAGAUGGAAUAACCUGUACCAAGAUUGAUGUCUGUGCAAAGGGACCAUGCUUCGCGGGCGUGGACUGCACUUGGACGGAAAAUGAUCCACACUACCAGUGUGGAGCGUGUCCCCCAGGAUUCUCUGGAAAUGGCAAAAAUUGCACCAAAUUGGACACCUGCUCAAAAAAUCCAUGCUUCCCAACCGUACUCUGUCAAUGGAGCGCGGUUUCACCGCACUACCAGUGCGGACCGUGUCCCUCCGGCUACACCGGAAACGGUCAAGCGUGCACCAAGCUGAACACCUGCGAACCCUCACCCUGCUACCCGGGAAUCCAAUGUAGUUGGUCCGACAGUCCGCCCAACUUCCAGUGCGAACCCUGCCCGCCCGGUUACGAAGGAGAUGGAGUCUACUGCAGUAGGAAUCCCUGCCUGCAGAAUCCAUGCUUCAGCGGGGUUAGCUGCCGCAAGAUGGCGUCGGAUCCGUUCUUUGCUUGCGGAUCGUGUCCGACGGGACUGGCAGGUAACGGAAUGUUGUGCGGUAAUGACUUGGACUCCGACGGGUAUCCGGAUGAGGGACUCAACUGUGCGGAUCCUAAGUGUAGUAAGGAUAACUGCCUGCGGCAGCCAAACUCUGGCCAGGAGGAUUCCGACGGCAAUGGAGUCGGGGAUGCCUGCGAGAAUGACGUGGAUUCGGACGGAAUUACCAACGGAGUUGACAACUGUCCGUACGUAUCGAAUGAGGAUCAGUUGGAUCGGGACAAGGACAACAUCGGGGAUGUUUGCGACAAUUGCGUUGUGGUGAGCAACACCGAACAGAUGGAUCUAGACAAGGAUGGAGUUGGAGACGCGUGCGAUCCGGAUAUUGACGGAGAUGGAUUCUCGAACCAUUUAGACAACUGCAAACUUCAGUACAACCCGAAUCAGGAGGACUACGAUCGGGACGGCGUUGGAGACGUCUGUGACAACUGUCCAAAAAUCGCGAAUCGAGAUCAAAAAGACACCGAUACCGACCAGAUUGGCGAUGUGUGUGAUACCGAUGAGGAUUUCGACGAAGACGGCCUUCAGGACAACAGGGAUAACUGUCCGAAGGUGGCGAACGUUAACCAGUGUGACAGCGACGGAGAUGGAAUUGGUGACGCGUGCGAUGAUGACCAAGAUAACGAUGGAGUGUUGAAUGAAGCGGACAACUGUCCUCUGGUUGCGAACGUCGACCAAACCGAUCUCAACAAGGACGGCAAAGGCGAUUGCUGUGAGAACGACUUUGACGGGGACGCUGCCCCCGACUGGGUUGACAACUGCCCCGCGAACCGGAACAUUAUGGCGUCCGACUUUCGGAACUUUACCACGGUGGCGCUUGAUCCGAAGGAAACUGCCCAAGAUGAUCCCCACUGGGAGAUUCUGAACGAUGGAGCGGAGAUUUUCCAAAAGUUCAACAGUGAUCCGGGGUUGGCGGUUGGCCGUCACAAGCUGGAGGGCGUGGACUUUGAGGGGACGUUCUUCAUCGCUCCGGAUCCGAACGACGUUGUGCCGGAUGACGAUUUUGUUGGGUUUGUGUUUGGGUAUGUGAGUGAACGCAAGUUUUAUGUUGUUUCUUGGAAAGCAAAGUAUCAAAGGUAUUGGAGAGAACCUAGACCAGUUGCGAAGGCUGGUAUUACGCUGAAACUAGUGAACAGUACGUCGGGGCCCGGACCGAAACUCCGUAACGCUUUAUGGAACGAUGAAAGUGUGGAGGGAGAAACUGUCAAAUUGUGGCAAAGUAAGCAGUUAGCCUGGAACUUUGACACCGCGUACCGCUGGAAAUUGGUGCAUCGUCCAGCAAUAGGAUUGAUCCGUUUUGAGUUGUUUAAAGGACUUGAAAAAGUGGCGGACUCCCGGAACAGGUACGACCACCACAUCAAGGGUGGUCAACUCGGCGUCUACUGCUUCUCGCAAGCCAUGAUAAAGUGGUCCAAUCUGGUAUACCGCUGCAACGAAACGAAUCCAGCCAACCUCUAAACGCGCUGCGGUGGUCCUAAACGCACCAAUCUCCAAUAUGGCGUCGUUUGUCAAAAACCAAGUUCCCGCGUCCCACGUCAAUUUGAACAACAACGCCAGAUCCGUAUCCCAAACUAGUCCCAAAAGCUGCAGUUUUGCCCGUUUACGGAGAAUCGCCCAAAAAGAUCAAAUGACCCAACUUGGUUGCCGGUCAUAAGUUAUUUCUUAAUUUUCACUCACUUAUCAGCCGCCAUUAUCGGACGGCGGCGCCCACGCGAAUCGUUGUUGGAUUGCUGUGUCUUCCUUUUGUCUAUCUGCCAUGUUUGACUCCCACUUGGAGAUGAGAUCUGACGGAAGGCUUACCGUUUUCGGAUGUGGCGGUGGUGCCCAUAUGUGUUAUUAGCCUAUUAAAAAGCAGUAAAAACUGUCAGGCCUUAAGUGUGACCAAGACCGCCGUCGAAAUGUUUUUGAUGAAGUGUGGGACUAAUCCGGGGCGCAUCUGUUUGUGUGUUGGUUUUGUUUUUGAGUGUAUAA